AUGAAACAGAGUUUUUGGCUGGAAAGAGGGAGUGGGAAGAAAUGUUACAUGCUGUCACCCAGGGACCUUACCAUUAUAUGGAGUGUCGACACCCCAUGGUUUUGGAGAUGGGUGUCUAUACCCGAGGCCAGGUUUGACGAGAUAGCAGAGCUUCGGCGCGUUUGCUGGUUUGAAAUCCGUGGAAGCCCAAAGGCUAGAGUAGACGGGUGGUUAGAGGUUGAGAUGGGUGAGUUGUUCAAUGAGGAAUGUGUUGAUGAUGGGGAAUUGGAAAUGAGUGCAUUGGAGAUUCAGGGCGGUAACGAGAAACGUGGUCUCAUUUUGCAGGGGAUUGAGAUCAGGGCCAUCACACCUAAUUGA